GCCAGUAUAGAUAGUAUAUCGACUGUAACUACACAAAACCGUUAUGAAAACUUGACUUCCUAUAUACCAUUUGAUGUAUCUCAACGAGCUCUACAAUACUGUAUAAAAAUGAAAUCGAUUCAAGAAAAUUUUUUUAUCCGGCGGGGUCCUUUAGUAUGAUCUGAUGCAAGAUUUCAGAGCGAAGAUUUUUUGUCUGAUGCUUAUAAGAUUUCGUUCGGAUUGCAAGAUCUUACGUCAGAUUUUUCGACCUGGGCAUAAGUGAUGGAAAAAAAACAAUCAGAACAUAUUUAUGUACUUCUAGUUGUGAUAUUUCACUUUAUCUCGAAUUGAAACGCUUACAAGAGUUUGAUCAAAAUGAUUUGAAAAGAUAUUAUGAAGCUAUUGAUAAAAGUAUCGAUACCAAAACAGAAUUUGAAGAUUUUCAUGAUGUUUAUCUCGUCUUGCGUUGUCAAAUCAAUGGUAAACCGGAAGAGAUUCCAUGUAAUAAUGCUCAACCUAUUCAUUUACCUAAACUUAUUUCAAAUCCAUGGACACGUGACAACACCUUGACUCGUUUUAGAUACGAUGCAGAAAAUCGUGAAAGUUCUGUUACAUGUGAAAUGAAGCUGCGCAGUGAUAGUAUUGCUUAUUUAAAUUCGUACAAAAUCGUUCUUUGUUUAACGACUAAUACAGUACCACCACGAAUGGAUUAUCAUGCCAUAAGAUGGGCUUGUAAAAUUAAACCUAGAACAUCGAAAAGAAAACAAUCUCAAGCACUUACAGAUAAAGAAUCACUAUAUUGGUUGCACCAUCCAACUGGCAUUGUUAUUGCGCAUGUUCACGGAACUGAACUAAGAUUCACUCCUGCACUACUUCAAUCACCCGACAAUGUAAAUUUUGUACGUUCUGUUUAUGAACCUUCUGGCUUUCGAUGCACAUUAGAAAAUUCAAGUAGUGUUAAUAGUUCAUUCACUAUAGCAGUAAUUAAAGCGGUAGAUUAUCGAACUCAUAUGAUAGCUCGUAGAACAAAUGAGAAUAUUUUACGAUAUUUACCAUUCAAUGAAUUGCGAGAUGUUGACAGAGAUUUAACAGCAGGAUCCGAACACAUUAGUGCAAGUCUUAAAGCUCACAGAGAUGAAGUUAAUAAACAAUUGAUUUUAAGCGAUGAAAAUGACACGGGAACUUAUAGUCAAUCUCAUGUUCGACUUUAUGCUGCGGCUUAUACUAAUGAUGAUGUUCUCUUGACAGAAACAUUACAUCCACCGAUACGAAAUAGUAAAGUGUAUGAUCCAUUACGUAUUCAAAAAAUAGUUCAACCUAAAAAUGAGUUAUGUGCAAAUGAUUUGGUAUAUGUCUAUUAUAAUCAUGCUUGCAAUGGAUCAAAUGCAGAAAACGGUCCAUGUCUAUAUGAUUUUGAGUUAUGUUUUGCACCUGCAUCGAAUAUUUUGAACGAGAAUGACAUCUUACGAUUAUUCGAUAAACCACACAUGUGUAUCAGAGCUUCUUACGUUACUGAUUGUCCAGCUCUAUUACAGUUUAAAAUACUAGACGAUCCUACUCAUAAUGAAUAUCGAACAUAUAUUCGUCUUCGCCACGCAAAAUCUAAAGAUUAUAAUCCAAGUCCUAUAGCACUAAUUGAUGGCAAUCCAUGGAAAUAUUAUGCAGAUCCAAUGUCAGUUGUAGAUAGUGAUGAUUUAAAUGAAUUGGUUCAUAAAUCGGAAACUGCUCCAACCACUGAGUGCGAUACCAUUCUGGAAACACAACCUUUCCAUUCAGCUAUACCAUUGCUAAAUCCUAGUAUUAUUUCAGCUGAUGCUGAUGAACAUAGUAAUCACUCUACUCAAACUUUGAAUACACCUGAUCUCGAACACGGAUCAACGACGCACAAAAGAUUUUUUCCUGGCGACGCCACAUGA